UUGCUGGUCAAAGUUUCUGGUAAUGUUCUAUAUCUGAGGUGACCUUCCAUUCUUAACUGCAAUCACAAGAUCACCUGAGGAGUUGGGUAGAGCCUUAAACAAAUGUAUCCGAAGCAGUUAUGCCAUCAUCAAGAGAGCUUAGCCUUGCUUCAGUUCAAGCAAAGCUUUCUCAUUACUUGUUCUGCAUCUAAAUCGGCCUUUGCACAUCCAAAGGUCAGAACAUGGCUGAAUGAAUCAUUUGAUGAUCAAGUGAAAAACGGAACUAGCUUUCAUACUGGUGAUUGUUGUAUGUGGGACGGUGUCAAAUGUAACAAGGAGACAGGUCAUGUGAUUAGUCUCAACCUCAGUAGCAGUUGCCUUUACGGCACAUUUCCUCAAAAUAGCACUCUCUUUAGCCUUUAUCAUCUCCAAGUGCUUGAUCUGUCUGAUAAUGACUUCAACUUUUCUCAAAUCCCGUCUGCCAUUGAGCGCCUUUCCAAACUAACAAAGCUCAAUCUUUCUUCAUCCGAUUUCAGUGGCCAUAUUCCAUUGGGGAUUUUGAAAUUAUCCAGCCUCUCGAGUCUUGAUCUUUCCCUAUCGGCUGUAAGUGGCUCCAAAUUGGAAUUUCAGCAUGAUUUGAGUUUUCAGAAGUUGGUUAGUAAUUUAACUCAUUUAACCCGACUCUAUCUUAAUUUUGUUGAUAUAUCAUAUCCUGUGCCUGUUAGUUUAACCAACCUGACCUCUCUAAAAUCUCUCUCCCUUGCUACGUGCAAUCUAUAUGGUAGAUUUCCACCAGGUAUAUUACUGUUGCCAAAGCUUGAACUAGUCGAUUUGAGUGGCAACGUCAACCUUAGAAGGAUUUCUUCCAGAGUUUUCGCUAAUAGCUCUCUUCAAAUUUUAGAUUUUAGCAGCACAUCAUUUUCUGGGGAAUUACCCCAUUCCGUUGGUAAUCUUGGCAGCUUGACUGAGUUAACCAUCUGGAAGACCGGUUUCACCGGACAAGUCCCAUCCUCAUUAGUUAACUUGACAAAGCUCACAAGCUUGACUCUCUCGGAUCUUAGUUUUAAGAUUUAUCCUCAAAUAUUAAACUCCUGGUUGAUUAAGCUCAGUAAACUGGAGCACCUAGCACUUCACAAUACGGGUUUAUGGGGUGAAAUCCCACCUGCUCUAGCAAACCUUACUCAACUCAAUUGGUUGGAUCUUAAUUCAAACCCACUAACAGGUCCAUUUCCAGUUUGGCUAGCAAAUCUAACAAAGUUAAACUACUUAGAUCUACUUGGUAAUCAGUUUCAAGGUCCGGUGAUACCACCGUCGUUUUCUCAGCUGAUUAAUCUUAAAGCACUCUUCUUGUCUUCCAAUGGCUCAGUUGCCAUGUUUGACACCUUGCUGAAACUUCCAUAUCUAAAUAUUUUAUAUUUGUCUGAUAUUAACCUUAGAUUCUUUCCUAAUGCAAGCACCAAUUCAUCCCUUCCCAAGUUUUCUGUCCUGGAACUUCAAUCAUGCAACUUAACAGAAUUUCCACAGUUCCUGCAUCAUCAAGAUAAUCUAAUGUUCCUAUCCUUCAAACAAAAUAACAUUGUGGGCACCAUACCGCAAUGGUUUGUGAACAGAACCUUAGACAGUCUAUCAGAACUCGACCUUAGUGACAACUUUUUAACGGGCUUUGAACAGCCACCUCAAGUCUUCCUCCCAUGGAAUAAUUUGGGGGCGUUGUAUAUUCAGGGAAAUUUGUUCCAAGGCCGACUUCUAAUUCCUUCAAAGUCCUUGCUAGUUUACCAUGCCUCUGGAAAUCGGUUGUAUGGAGACAUCCCGAAGCAAAUCUGCAAUGCUAGUUCUCUUGCAUACCUAGAUUUGUCCAUGAAUAACUUCAGUGGUGAGAUCCAAACCUGUAUUGGUCCUCGGCUUGGUAAUUCUCUGCAAGUUUUGAAUUUGCGUGGCAAUCUUCUUCAAGGCACCAUUCCUCAAACAUUCACAAGGGCUUGUAAGUUGAAGAUGAUUAACUUAAGCGAAAAUCAAUUGAAAGGACCGUUACCAAAGUCGUUGUCCAAUUGUCGAAUGCUUGAAGUACUUGAUGUUGGGAAAAAUCAUCUUAAUGACACUUUCCCAUCAUGGUUAGGAAGUCUUUCCAAGUUGAGUAUUCUUGUUUUGAGGCAUAACAAUUUUCAUGGCAGAAUACCAACUCCGGAGCCUGGUCAUCAUUUUAGUAGCUUAAGAAUAAUUGACCUAUCUAAUAAUUUUCAUACUGGUAAUUUACCUUACACAUACCUUCGAAACUGGCUUUCGAUGGAAGUUACAAGCGAAGCUCAGUUGAAUUCAUCUAGCUCUGAAAUUGAGAUACAUAUUAGGAGUGGUUCAAAUAUAUUUAUGACAUUGCAUCAACCUUACUCCUAUAUAAUCACCAUCAGCAAUAAAGGCAGUGAAACAGUAUACUCGAAGAUAUUGACUGUGUUUCGGGUGAUUGAUUUCUCAAGCAAUAGCUUCACGGGAGGAAUUCCGGUUCUUCUUGGAAACCUAAGAGGGCUUCAGGCACUUAAUUUAUCCAACAAUCAACUUCAUGGAGGUAUCCCAUCAUCUUUUGCAAACAUUAUAGACCUUGAAGCAUUAGAUCUUUCUCAAAACAUGCUCUCAGGAGAGAUCCCACAACAGUUAACUGAGUUAACAUUUCUUGCGGUCUUCAAUGUCUCUCACAAUCGUCUUGAGGGACAGAUACCUCAAGGAGAACAAUUCAACACUUUUGAUAAUAGCUCUUUUGAUGGGAACUUAGCACUCUGUGGAUUUCCAUUGUCGGAGAAGUGUGAAGAUACAGACCCUCCUCAACAACCACCGCCAGGAGUGAAAGAAGAAGACUCGGAGUUGAUUGAUUGGAUAAUUCGAUCUUUGGGAUGUGCAAGCGGGUUUAUUGUAGGUUUUAUCAUUGGGAAAAUCUACAUAACUGAUAGGCAUCAUGACUGGUUUAUGGAAACUUUUGGAAGGAAACGACCGAAGCCAAGAGCGAGGAGAUCAACACAAAGCCGCAGGAGAAAUCGGUGAAUUUGCAGAGAUAAUAGGGUCUGAAGUAGGUUUACUUCUUGACCUUAAACUAUGCACUUAGUUUCUAUAUGUCUUGUGUUUGAACAUGUUCCUGCUUUUGUAUUCCCAAUUAUGGACUAUAUAUGUAAUAUUUCAUGGUUGUUUGGUUGCACUUUGAGAAGUUACACUUUUCUUGUAUUUGCAAUUUCUAGGCAAUAUUGUUAGAUCAUAAAAAUUUGUUUUCCAAUUUCAUGGGAAGCUUGACUUAUUUUGUGGGAGUAGAACUUAAUAGGAAAUUUCUUAUGCUCAUGUCAACAA